UGCCCGGCGAGCACGGAAGGUGCCGGGCAGCGCCUCGCCGCGGUGCUGCCGAGCUGCGCGGCCGCCCCUGCCGCCGCUCCAUGGACUGAGCUGGGCAGCGGAGGGACUCCGGAGCGCGCCGCCGCCUCGCCCUCAACUUGGCGAAACUCCGCGAGCAGCUGCUGCCCGGACACCGCUGUAGAAGAUGCACUAUUACCGAUACUCUAAUGCAGAGGUCAGCUGUUGGUACAAAUACCUACUCUUCAGCUACAACAUUGUGUUCUGGCUAGCUGGAGUGGCCUUCCUUGCAGCUGGUCUGUGGGCAUGGAGUGAAAAGGGUGUAUUGUCUGAUCUAACGAAAGUGACUGGUCUUCAUGGUCUGGACCCAGUGGUACUUGUCCUGCUGGUGGGAAUAGUGAUGUUUACUUUGGGAUUUGCUGGUUGUGUGGGAGCACUGAGGGAAAACAUCUGCCUUCUAAAGUUUUUCUGUGGAGCAAUCAUGUUUAUAUUUCUUCUGGAGAUGGCAGUGGCAGUUCUGGCUUUCCUGUUUCAGGACUGGGUGAGGGACAGGGUCAAAGAAUUCUUUGAGAAUAACAUUAAAUCCUACCGAGAUGAUAUUGACCUUCAGAACCUCAUUGAUUCACUACAGAAAAUUAACCAUUGCUGUGGUGCCCAGGGCCCAGAUGACUGGGAUCUUAACAUAUACUUUAACUGUAGCAGUGAAAGCAAGAGUCGAGAGAAGUGUGGUGUUCCUUUUUCCUGUUGUAUACCUGAUCCUGCUCAAAAAGUUGUGAAUACGCAGUGUGGCUAUGAUGUAAGAAAGAAGAGCAAGAGCCAGUGGGAUGAUCAGAUCUUCAUCAAAGGCUGUAUUCUUGCUCUUGAAGCCUGGUUACCCCGAAAUAUCUACAUUGUUGCAGGUGUCUUCAUAGCUAUCUCACUGUUGCAGAUUUUUGGGAUUUUCCUAGCCAGGACAUUGAUUUCUGAUAUUGAAGCUGUAAAGGCAGGUAAUGCCUUCUGAAUAUAAAAGCACACACCUUUUGCGAGAGAAGUAUCUUUUACUACUGUUGAUGGAACUUCAAGGUGAAAAGCACGCAGACCAUGAAAAAUGCCUGUUAUUAAAUGCCAUAUGUGGCUCUCGCUUGUACUUUUAGACACUGGUACAAAAAAAGGAUCUUGAAUACACACACCUGUCUGCCUUUUUACCAAAGGGAUAACUUACUGCACCAGAGUUGCUUUUUGCUGUGGAAGAAACGAAAUAUCACAGGAACAGAUUUUUAAAGAAUGUAACAAGGAGAAAUACAACUGCUAUAAACUUCCUUGAACUGUCUUGAAGAUUUUUCAGUUUUUACUCCCAACUGUUGUCAUCAAUCUCAGUAUUGUAAUUGCUCCUGAAGACAUGCUGAUCUCCAGUCUUGAAAAUGUUUUAAUAUCUAUGAAGACCCAUGUUGUCAGUGUGACAAGAUACUCGGGAGCUGUAAUGGUCAUGGUAUUGGAAAGGAGAGAAAAGAAGACUAAUUUUUUGGUUUGUUGAAUUUUCAAUUGUGCAGAAAUAGAGGAUGUCUUCCUCUGACUAGGAAUAACAUAGAUGUUUUAGGAGCCAGGGGCUUGUGUUCAACUUAAGAGAGAUGGAGUAACCCAGAGAUUUCAGAAAGAUCAAGCAUUUUUUUGAGGGGAAAAUUCUGACUGCUAUCCAUAGCAUUAUAUGUUACAAAUACCUUUAUUUGUGAGUGAGGGGGAGAAUUCCUGAUGCAGCAUUUCCUUUCUGAAAAGCUUGUUACUAGCUUUUAUUUAUAGAGGAAGAAAAACUGUUUAGCUUUUUUCUUGAUCAAUAACAUCUUAAAAAGUGAGGCAAGCAGAAAUUUCAAAAUGCAGCUGUUUUAAGAGGUAGUUUUUCCUUUAGUUUCUUUUAGGCCAGUCUGAUCAUCACAAAUCCAAAAUUGCUAAUACCAAGACCUGAGUCAAAAACUCCAAAUAUGGUCAGCAUGUUGACCUAAAACAUAGUCAACACUAAUCCCUUUUGAACUUUGUGUCAGGGAAUAUAAGUCAGGUGGAAUAUUAGAGCUGUGCUUUUUAAAACACAGCCUUUAUACAGUUGAGUCUUUGGUUCUGUUUUUCUAAUGCAUGGUUCAAUUGCCAGUCCAAUCGCAAUGAUAUGGUGACUAGAACCGUUUUUCAGAACCGCUUCCUCAAACUGAACUAUUCCUGUUGAAGUUAAAAUUUUUUUGGCUUUACUGGAAGGAAACUAAGCAUUCUUUUGCCCCCACCCUCCAUUCCUGGGGCUUGAUCUGAAGAUCUGUCAAGAGUUUUUUGAACUUAUCAAGAAUUCUUUGCUUAGAAGCCUUUGAGUCAGGAUUAUAGUGGCUGCGUAAGUGUUGCUCUUCAGUUUUCCUUGCCAUGUUUGGCAUAGUAUCUUUAGCUUUACAAGAUAGGAGUACGUGACUGAAAAGGCCUGGAAAUAGUUGUAGAUGUCAAUUUUACUGUGGACUGUAUACUAACAAAUUGUCUACUGCUUCCGAUGACAGCUGUGUUUUUCAGGGAGAGCAGAUUUAUAUACAGUGCCUAACAUAGUAUAAAUUCUAGAAAAGUAUAUAUUUUUAUAAUGGUAUUUUACUACCUAUAGUCUGCCUGAAGGAUUUAAUGCUUGUAUUUCCAAAGGACAUAUGACUUUAUAAGGAAUCCAGACUUCUACAAGCAUCUGUAUAAAUACCUUUGUUUGCAUUAUGCAUGAGAUAGUGAACAUUUCACUGGCAAAAGCUGACCUAGAUCAAGAAUUUUUGGUCUCUAUCGAGCGUCCAGAUAUUCUUCCAGCUUUUAAUCUGUGAAACACCUUGCACAGUGCUGUAUUCUGCAUGUAUGUUUCAUUUGAGCUUUUACAGGAUUUCUUUUUCUUGGCCAGUGAUUGAGGGCACAACAGGARAAGGAUGGCUGAUUUUCUUAGAGUAGCAGUGAACAGUCUGUUAUUACUCAUCUAAAAAAACUGAAAGUACAAUCUGCAAAAGUGCACUGUGAUCUAAGUUUUGAUAUGCAACGAGGUAAAAGCAGUAGUUUGCAAGAGGUUGCAAGGUCAUGGGGAAGAGGGCAAGACACACUUUAGAGCCUUGAAUUUGAGCCUAUUUUAUUUACUCCACUAGGAACAGCCAAAAACUUGCUGCUGGUGCUGCUGCUGCUUUUCAAGCAACAAAGCAGUGUCCAGUAACCUUUGCUUUAAUUUGCUUGAAAUUUUGUAAAGCUUCAUCAUGCGACUUGUGUUUAGGUUAUGUAUAGUAAUCUGAUGCAUGUAAAAUUAGAAGAUGUUAUAUAUUUGUAUCAUGGUUGACUGAAAAUUAGUAUUAGGGAAUGUUCCUUUGUCAUUUUUGGACCUAGACAGCUCCUAAUGCUGUGAAGUCAUUUCCACUGUUGCUAUAAAUCUUUAUAGCUUCACAAAUGCCAGUGGAAUUCAUGCACUAAAAUUAGCUACUGGCAAGGGCCAGUGUCAGUGAUCAGAAUUCAACUGUCUCYACAAAUACCACCAAGUUGCUUGAAGACAAAUGACUAUUCAGAUCCUUCAUGAAAUAGAAUUUAAAUGCAAAACAGUUUAUUUGAAGCAUUACCUUUCCACCAUUUCUUAUUGGUCCUGGCCCUGUUAGCAGCAGCAGUGUAUCAGAGCUUCAGUGGUUUUUGAACCUAAUUCGAGAAAGCAAGCUCAGUCUAUUUCAGGGUCCUUAAAUUCACAAGCUUUUCCAUUUUUCACUCUGGAUAAACUGUGUUGAUUCAGUAUGACUUUUUAAAAUAACAACAAUCAAGACUUUUUUUUUUUGUCCUAACAUAUUUUAAUGUGUGCCUCCAUUGGUGAUAUACAUAGCUAAUAUAAUUUCAGACUUGGACAGUUUUCUUGUUUUCUACUUAAAGUUAUUUUAGUGCCUUUUUAAAAUGAGCCUGCAGUGACCUCAUGCUGAAGAUUUAGGCUAGCUUUAAACAAGUCCUGUCAGCAAAAGCAGUUAGGGCAAUAGAGGCAGGCUCACACAUGAAGGAGAAGCAAAUCAACUGCUUUCCAAAGGAGAUGUUGUUAAGUGUGAGACUUCAGUGGUUGCAUCUGGAACAUCUUCACUAACACUACAAUAGAAACAAAAUUUUUAAUGACAGUGUCAAAUAGGAUAUCGGACUUGAGAUGACUGUACUGAGAGAAGGAAUCUUCAUUCAAUGUGAUGACUUUAUUUCUCAGAAAUAAGCACAGUUGAUUUCUGUGAAUCAAUGUAUUUAUU